AGAUUCUAACGAACCUGAAACUUCCAAAAGCUCAUCAAUUAUCGAUUACAGUUUCCCUCAAAAUCAUUCCUUCAAACUCGUCAAAUUCAAAACCCCUCUCCCUCACCGCUUCUUCUCUUCAUGCUGGCUAGCUCAGCUUAGUGAUUGGUGAACUCUUUCGUUUGAAUCGGUGGAAAGUGGGACCAAAGCAUCUGUACUAGCAGCAUCGUGGAGUCUUCUCCACUACUCGUUGAAUAUCUUAACCUAAUCACGAUCGAGUUAAACACAAAUUAGGGAUCAUGGCAGCUUAUGCAGCUCUGAUUUCCGUUAAGCAUAUUCUAGAUCAGCUCCAGCUUCAUCCCCGCCCUCCUAUCUCUCUCCACACUCAACAAGCUCAAUCACUCGCUAGAAGCAUUUCUUCGUUGCAAAAUUUUCUCGAAGAUUACAGUCCCCGCGUUGGCAACAACAGCGACGAAGCUGAUGAGUUGGAGUGUCGCAUCGCUGAAGCAGCUCAUGCCGCUGAGGAUGUUAUCGAGGGGCAUAUAAUCGAUCGAAUUCUCGCUGGAUCAGGAUCGUCUAGCGAUGGCGAAGAAAUCAGUUGUAUUGAGUUCUAUAAGAAUCUGGAGAGUGUGAUUGAAGAUAUGGAUUUGAUUGAGAAGGAAGUGAUGCAGAUUAAGGAGACAAGGGGAAAUCAAGGCCAGCUGCGCAGACUCUCACCAACGCCUGCUGGCAUAGGGCGUGACGUUGCGAUGAUAGGAGUUGAUGAGACCUUGACGAAAUUGAUAGAUAUUCUCACCAGUGGAAAACCCGAUCGCCAGACCAUCUCGAUUACAGGCAUGGGCGGGAUUGGUAAGACCACUCUUGCUAGAAAUAUUUAUGAAAAUCAGAUUAUUGAGCAUCAUUUUGAUAUUCUUGCUUGGGUUACGAUAUCUCAAGAAUACACAAGUGAAGAUAUACUUUUAGAACUUGUUCUUUGUGUGAAAAGCAGCAAAGAGAUGAGUAUGGAAAGUUUGAGUGAGAUGAGUGAGGAUGAACUAGGAGAAAUUUUAUAUAAAAGUUUAUGUGGUAUGAGGUAUUUGAUUAUGAUAGAUGAUCUUUGGGAAGUUGAGGUGUGGUAUAGAUUGCAACAUUUUUUCCCAAAUGGCAAGAAUGGAAAUAGAAUCAUGAUCACCACUAGACUAGCUAACUUGGCUUUACAAUUAAGCGGUUCUUACUGUCACGAGAUGAAUUUUCUUGAUGAUAACGACAGUUGGAAUUUGCUCUGCGAAUAUGUGUUUGGGAAAGAGACUUGCCCUCUUGAGUUGGAGCAUAUCGGCAAGGAAAUUGCAAGAAAUUGCAAAGGACUUCCUCUAUUUAUUGUUUUGAUUGGAGGGCUCUUGACAACGUCUGAGAUGACUCUAGAAUAUUGGGAAGAUAUUGCAAUGGAUUUGAUUUCAACUGUAAACUUGGAAGCAACUGAGCACUGCUUAAAAAUACUUUACACGAGUUAUAAUCAGUUACCAGUUCAUCUAAAGCCAUGUUUUCUUUAUAUGGGAGUUUUUCCGGAGGACAGUGUGAUCGUUGCAUCCGAACUCAUCAAACUAUGGAUUGCAGAGGGAUUUCUUCUACCUAUUGAGGGGAAGAGCUUGGAAGAAGUUGCAAAAGAGUACUUGAAAGAACUUGUUGACAGGAAUCUUAUUUUAGUUCAUAAGUGGGGCUCUGGUGGAAAGAUAAAAUCAUGCCAAAUUCACGAUCUCCUAAGGGAUCUUUGUUUGAGAGAAGCUGAUAAACAAAAGUUUGUUGGUGUUGUAAGGCAGCAGAAUCGGAAUCCCAAUGGCAGAAUUAUCCAAUGGCAAUGCCGCAUUCUUGUUCAUUAUUUGUGCAAAUCAACUGUGAAAUAUAUUUGUCCACUCAUCGAUGCUUUUGGAUAUGUGUCACCUACUCGUUCUUUGAUAUGGGAAUUUAGUGAUCUUUAUUAUGAUACUUCUUUAUAUCAGGAUCUUGAGGGCUAUUUUAAAUUGCUUUCACAGUCGCUCAAACUUAGACUGUUGAGGGUGUUUAAAAUAUUUGGCCGUGGACUUAGAAAUGAAUAUAGUUUGAAAGAAAUGAAAUUCGCAUUUUUCCAAGAUAUAUCUAAGCUACUGAACUUGAGGUACAUUUCUUAUCCACAGACAUGGUACUCUUUCUCCCCUUCAUUGUGUCGCCUCUGGAAUUUGCAGACUUUAAUUGCUAGGCAUACCGAGGCGGUCGCUCCUCCCGAAAUAUGGAAAAUGCCUCUACUUAGGCAUGUGGAAUUCUACAGCAUCUCUCUCCCAGAUCCUCCCAUUGAUGGCUUUGUCUUGGAGAGGUUACAGACUCUCUUUACAGUCACAAUUUGGGACUUCCGCAAAAAGGUGAUUAAAAGAAUGCCCAAUAUCAAGAAACUCAAGAUAUGUCAGGGAAAACUGGAGAGUUGGUCUGUGGACUAUCUCAACAAUCUUGCCUGUUUGCAUAAGCUCGAAUCUCUUGAAAUCACUUCAUUUGAAGUCGCUAACCAUUUGGAUUUUUGGAGCAACCUCACCCUCCCACGUUCGCUCAAGAAGUUGACUUUGUGUGGCACUCGACUCCGUUGGGAAGACAUGCCGGCAAAGAUAGGUUCGCUACCACAUCUUCAAGUUCUCAAACUGAAACAUGAUUCUUUCGUUGGAUCUGAGUGGGAAACAGUUGAAGGGCAGUUCUGCAAGCUCAAAUCCUUGCACAUUUACGGUUGUGACUUGGUAUACUGGAUAACAGAAAGCGCCCACUUUCCAUGCCUCGAGCACCUUCAGCUUGAAGAUUUGAUAUUGAAGGAGAUCCCUUUAGCUAUUGGAGAAAUACCAACGCUUCUGUCAAUCAAGUUGGUGAAUUGCAGCACUUCUGCUGGUGUCUCUGCUACAAAAAUACAAGAAGAUCAACAAGAGAACUAUGGGAAUGAUGACCUUCAGGUAGAAGUCACAAGAAGGGAACGAUGGACUUCAAGUACUCGCACUUUCGCACAAAGCACUGCAUUCAGUUAUUGGCUUGAAAACAAUGGAGGCAAGAAUAUGAGACCGGAGGAGGAAGAAAUGCUGUUUCAGCAUUUAUCGCAGCAGGGGUUGUUGGAUUCCUUCAUGAAUGAAUAAGUUGUUCAUAGAAAUGUUGAGUAGAAGAUGGUGUCGAACUUCCUAGGCCAAAGAGUGAGGCUUUACUUUGAAUGACUCAAGAAGUUGACUUGAUGUGGCACUCGACUCCACCGGGAAAAGAUGUUGACAAAGAUCCUCUGGAGAAGUUGACUUGGUAUGGCACUCGAUUCCACUGGGAAGAGAAUUAUUUGUACGUGUGCAUCAUUUCUUGGGCAGCAGGAAAAAAGGUCUGUUUUAGUGAGCAUUACUUCCCAAAAGAAAAUAAUUCGUAUAACAUCUCCAAAACGUCAAUCACCCAACUCCAUUGAUAAAACUUGAUAUUUCAAGGUAUAUACACAAAAAGAUAUUCGUUGGCUUCUUUCUGCAGUGUUGCUGCUGACCACGGUGGCUGUGGCCGGAGAUAAUUUAGCUAAUCUUUCUCUCUAAUGAGAUUUCACUUUCGUCUCUUUCAACAGAUGAUCAAAGAUGAAAGAAACAAGCGUGAGAAUUGUUUUUCCUUCUCUACAAUAAUUUAAUCAAAUCAUAUUUAUAUUGCUUAAAGCUAUUACUCAUUAACUUUCAAUCUGAAGAUUCGGAGAGCAUUAGCUAGUCUUCGAAAAUUUGAUUUCAUCAAAUAAAACAAUUAUUAACUUGGCAUUGUUAUUUUCAUAAUUGUAUUUAGACUUCAAAUACACUGUUUCUAACUUUAAUUCGGUGAUUUUUGCAGCGUCUAAUGACUUAAUUUCUGGGGCACAAGUGGCGAAGAGAAAUAUGAUACUCAUAAUUAGACUUUUUGUAUUGAUAGGAUAGAUUAAUUAUUUAAUUUUUAUAUCAUCUGUAUAUUUUUCAGACAUGAUUGUUCGUAUUAUUUCUUAAUGGUUGUUAGUGAAUAAAAUUCGUUCAGUUAUUUAUUUAUUUUAUUUUUUAUGUUA